AUGGGUGAUAACCUGGAUAAAAUAUUUUCCAAGAAGGAACGAUUUUUCAAAGAAAUAAUUCAAACGAACUGCAUAUUUGUGAAGGCGCUAAAGAACUGGGUUGGCACGAAUUACAUCGCGAGGUUGAAGCUGAAAAAGGAGUCCCUGAAGCUGACCCCCAAGUUGUUGAUAAACCGCACGAAGUCAAAAUCCAGCUGCUGCCGAGUGUGCGGGUUUGCGAUCGAGAAGAACAACUUACGUAUAGGAUACCCGACGAAAGACCCCAGGGGGAACUACGGUUUUAUAAGCUGCUGGGUCCACCUGGACUGCAGCAGAAAAAUCCUCUAUGCCAUUUUGUACACGCAAGAAAAUGAGCCACACUUGAAGGCGUACCUAAACAGCUCAGAAGAAAUGGUGUGUGAGGGGAAUUACAAUUUGCAUGAAAAGUUGAUAUAUGAAAACAUCAAGUGGGAAUUUUUUUUUGGAGGAUUUGACGAACUGGAUGAUGAAGAAAAGGAGAAGUUAAAGGAAACGGCCAAACCGUGUGAAAUAAAGAAUGGGAUGAAGGGGAGGAACAGUUUUGAAGCGCUGAUAAAUCAGGAGAAGGAAGCAUUCAGCUCGAUCAAUCUGAUUAAGCAAGAAAGUCGAGUUAUCCAAAAUAGAUUGAAAAUUCCGAAGGAGCUUAAAUUUGAUUUGUUGGAAUAUCAGAAGGAGGGAGUGUCGUGGAUGAUAAACCAGGAACAGUCCAGUGUUAAGGGGGGCAUCCUGGCCGAUGAAAUGGGUAUGGGGAAGACCAUACAGGCCAUUACGCUAAUUUUGUGCCAGAAAAUUAAUCAAUUAAAGGGGGAAACAGGGGGGCGCUGCGAGGAGGGCGUCGGCCAGGCGACCAAAAUGGGAAGCUCACCGGAUGGCCAAAUCAAAGUGAAGGAGGAGUCGGACAGCAGCGUGGUGGUUAUUAACAGCGGGGGCGGAAGUUCCGAGGAUGCAGCCAGUGUUAAGAAGGAAAACCCUAACAGGAGAAACUCUAAUAAGGGAGCACCCCGAAAGAAGGGAAACACCAAGGGCGAAACUGCGGAAGACGCUCGGCACGCUAAAAAAAACCAGACCCAAGGACAGACACUCAUCAUUGCCCCCAUCGCAGCGGUAAUGCAGUGGAAAUCAGAAAUAGAAAAAUUCAUCCAGGGAGAUAUCCUAAAAGUGUACGUGUAUCAUGGAAGCGUGAAAAAAAUAUCAUUUGAAGAACUGAAAAAAUAUGACAUCAUUAUUACGUCUUAUGCCAUGGUAGAGGUGCACUUUAGAAAAAUAAUAAAUAAGUACAAAGUUUCCUGUGAGUAUUGUGGCAGGUUAUAUCUUCCCAGCACGCUGGUGAUUCAUAAGAAGUACUUUUGUGGUCCAGAUGCCGUCAGAACGGAGAAGUUAAAAAAGAGAAAAAAGAAGAACAAAGACACUGCACUUGUGGCUAUGAAAAAGUUUGACGAUAAUUUUGUGCCGACUCCAAGAAAUGUCCUCCUGGAAAUAAUCAAAGAAAGUAAAAGAGACAGUGAGGGGAGCAAAAAGGAAGAGGCCCAUUCAACAAAGGGGAAGAAGAAAAGAGGUAACCCCAAAAAGGGGGAGAGUCAUAUCAGGGGAAGAAGCCGCACAAGUGUAAGAAGUGUAAGAAGUGAAAGAAGUGAAAGAAGCGGCGGAAGCGGGAGCGAUGUGAUUCUUCUCAGCUCGGGGGGAGAGGCCCAAGAAAGCGACAGCAGCUCCGCGUCGAGGAAGCCGAUGUAUUCCCCCCUGACGAGGAAAACGUCCAGCAGAGUAAUAGACCUGUGCAAUUUAGGAUUUGAAAAGGAUGUAAUUGACAGGAGGGUCAGCAGCACACACAAGGGAAAGGGAAGAAACAAAAAAUCCAUAAAAUGGAAUGAAGUCAUCAAGGAUAUAUUGCAAAACGAGCUAUACACCGUCGAUAUGAAUAGCCGCUGUAAGGAGGUGCUGAAGGAAAUUUAUUUAAGUGAUAGACCCUUAGAAGAAGAGGAAUUGAAGAGGUUAAAUAUGGGGGAGCUGAAAGUUCUGCUGAUAACGAUGGGGAAACAUAUUUUUGGAACGAAGGUUGAGCUGAUUAACAGGGUUUUAGUUUCGACCAAGUAUAUAAGGCAAGAGCUGAUGGUAGCGAAGGGGGAAGUACAUAGUGAGGUGACGUCCAAAUCGAAGGGAAGAGGGAAGGGGGCGCUCAGUAGUAGGAGCAGCACCGUUUCGAGCGCAACAGGAUUGGGGAUGACACGUCGUGGCAACAGUGGUGGUGGAACUGCCUCUCAUGUGGGUGAUCCCUUCAAUGGUGAGGAUAACCCUGGCGAGGAAGACCGAGCAGCGAAGCGGAGCAAAAGUGGCAGAGUAGGCCGUGGCCGGGAGAAGGGUAAGCCCGUUAGGAGGAGGACAACGGGCGGAAGUUCUUCCACGUUAAGGAAGGCCAAGGAGGUGAAGGCCACGGCUAAAAGGAGAAACAGCUCAACCGCCAAGGUAAAGUUGAAACGGAGAAGGAAAAGCAAUAGUACUGUAGUCGACGCAAGUGUCAGCCCAAGCGACAGCGAUGAAUCGUUUAAUAUAGAUCAACUUGGAAGCGACGCAGAAGCGUCGUCGUCUUUUUCAUCCUGGGAGAGCAAUGCGGAGAAGGAGGACACAAGUGAUUCUUACGACUCGGCUGGAUCGUACGGUUCGAUAAUGGUUGAAAAGGCGAAAAGGAAAGGAAGGAAUCAGAAAAAUUCCGAAGCGAGCAUAUUCGAUGAGAGUGCUUUGCAUCAGAUACACUGGAACAGGAUAAUUCUAGACGAAGCACACAGAAUCAAAAAUCGAAAUACGUCAACAACGCAGUCCAUUUUUAAUUUGAAGUGCUCAGGAUAUCGCUGGUGUUUGACAGGAACUCCGUUACAAAACAGAAUCGGAGAGUUAUAUAGUUUGAUCCGAUUUCUUGAGUUUUACCCCUACGCAUAUUAUUUCUGUUCGAAGAAGGAUUGUAAAUGUAUGUUACUAAAUUACGAAAUGAAGGAUAAUAAAUUCUGCUUCCUCUGUGAUCACUCCAGGAUUAAUCACUUCAACUAUUUCAAUAAAAGAAUCCUGAGACCUAUACAGCUGUUUGGUUACAAUGGGGAAGGAGUGACGAGCAUGUGUUAUUUGAAAAAUGAAGUGUUGGAUAAGAUUUUGUUAAGACGAACCAAAGGGGAACGAAAAAAUGACAUCAAAUUGAAGCCAUUAAAUAUUAGAAUUAGGAAAGAUAAGUUAUCAAAUGAGGAAAAAGACUUUUAUGAAUCCCUUUACAAACAAACAUCGACCCAGUUUGAUACUUACGUGAAAUCCAACACGGUUCUGCACAACUAUGCGCAUAUCUUCGAUUUGCUGAGCAGAUUAAGACAGGCUGCAGAUCAUCCGUAUUUGAUUUUGUUUGGAAACUCCUUCCUUAGUGACCCCUCGGGGAAAUUCAUAAAAAAGAAUUCUUCCAUCAUCCCAGCCAUUUCGAACGACUACGUGUGUGGCAUCUGUCUGGAGAAUGUGCCCAAGAAGAUCCACAUCAGUACCAAGUGUAACCACAAUUUUCACAAAUCAUGUUUGAAGCAGUAUAUCGAGAGUUUUCAGGGGGGGAACAAUGUGUUGACGGAUGGAGAUGAAGGGGCUGCUCGUGGUGAUGCUGCUGUUCGGGGUGAUGUUUCUGCUGAUGUGGAUGUCUCGGCUGAUGGUAAUUGUGAUGGGCCCCCCGCCGCUAGCCUAUCCAAGGCGCACACCUUCCAUUUCGGGGCCGAGUCACGGGAGAAGGAAGGAAGUCUCUACGACAUAAACGAAAUCGUAUUCAAUGAAGAGCCUUCUAUGAGUAGUUCCCCCAACGAAGCAGAUGGAAAUAAGCUAAAUAAGAAAGCCAAAUCCAUUUCAGUAGUCAAAUUUAAAGAUAAAGAAAAAAAACAGUUCGUUAGUCUGUUAAGUAGUGACGAAACAGGUGUGCAGGAUUUACCGCUGGGGUGUCCAGUGUGUUAUGUCCCCCUGACCGUUGAUUUUAAUCUGAUGAACCAAGUGGAAGAACAGGAUGAGGAAGAAAUUAUCGUAUGUAAGGAGGAAACUACCUACAUUAACAAAAGUUUUAUUAACCGAAUUAAUACACAGGAAUAUCGGACAAGCACCAAGAUAGAAGCCGUUUUUGAAGAAGUACAAAAUGUGAUUCAUGCCACGGAUGAUAAAUGCCUAAUAUUUUCACAAUAUUGCUCCAUGCUUGAUCUGAUUGAAUACCAUUUAAAGAAACACAACAUCAUAUGUUCGAAACUGCUGGGUUAUAUGUCCAUGGUUUCUAGGAAUAAUAUUCUUUACAAUUUUAACGAAGACAAGCAUCUACGAGUUUUGCUCAUAAGUUUGAAGGCCGGUGGAGAGGGACUGAAUUUGCAGGUGGCCAAUCGAAUCUUCAUCGUUGACCCGUGGUGGAACCCCGCUGCGGAGUUGCAGGCCAUUCAGAGGGCCCACCGGAUCGGGCAGACCAAGACCGUGUACGCCACGCGCUUCAUCAUAGAGAACACCGUUGAGGAGAAAAUCCUGCAGCUGCAGAAUAAGAAGCAGCUCGUGUUCGACUGCACCAUUGGGGACUCAGGAAACGCGAUGCAGAAGUUGACCAAGGAGGACUUGGCGUUUCUCUUCCACGCGUAG